AUGCACAACACGGAUUGUAAUGGAACCGGGGCAGCAGCCGGAGAUGCUGGCAACGGGCCUGCUGGCGGCCGAGAACAUCCACCGGGAAAGGCCAUGUACGAAGAUGUCCCAAAUGAGAAAAGAUGGCGAGGUUUCGCCAAACGGGAAGUUGUCACUCUUGUUCUUCAAUGCAUGGCAGAGCUAGGAUACCACAACUCUGUGAAGGCUUUGGAGGAGGAGAGCGGGUUUCUCUUGGAGGACCCGUCUGUGGCAGUGCUCCACGAAGCGGUACUGCAAGGGAACUGGACCGACGUGUACGUACACCUGAAGGCGCUGCCUCUGAGGCCGCAGGUACGCAAAGCCUGCUGGUUCCUUGCCAUGGAGCAGAAGUACUUUGAGACCCUUACCAGCGCAAACGAAGAGGAAGCAAUUCGAUGUCUCAGAGAAGAUCUUCAGCCGGCGGUGUUCGAUACCAGCACGUCUCGACGCUUGCAGGCGUGCAGCGCUCUUUUGAUGCAUGCGGACCCGGCGGGCAUGCUGGAAAAUCUGUCUGUCCUCUCCGAUACGCUCCGGUCGAAUCUCUGGAUGCGAUUGAAACAUCUUCUGCCCCCGACUCUCUCUCCUCCGAGUAGCCGUCUCGCAGUGCUUCUCGCUUACGCCCUACAGCACCAAACGCUCAUGUGUCUGUUCCACAACACAAAUACUCCGCUAGAAUCGUACUCUCUCCUACAAGACCACCACUGCCACCAUUAUGACCCAUUUUCGCUGUCCCUUCCCCUGGCUCGGCCGCAGCGUCCCGCCCCAGCAGGGGCUUCAGCGGAGAGCCAGUUAGGCAUGCAGAUGGACGGGGAGGCGGCGACCCUCGAACACUCUCUCAUGCACCACCCUUCCGCAGCUCAGGCGGAAGGGUGUCACAGCCAACUUUCCCAGGAACCGAGAUCUCGGCAUGGAGUGUCCAGGCAGGGCGAGGAGACGCUUCCAAAUGAAGGGUUCACAGCUGGUCAUCUCGAUGCAUCUCAGCAGGAUGCCGGCGCAGAUAGGUCUGAAGUUGUGUCGUCUUCAGGAGCCCGCGGGUAUGGACAGGACGGAUGCGACGCUGCCGCCUUCCCUGGCACUGCCCCGUGGAGAACCGCUGCGGAAGGCAAUAUCUCCGGUCGCUGUUUAGGCUCUGAAGCUUCCGAGUUCACGCCCGGGCCCAUCUGUGGACGAAAUUCUCUGCCCGUUCAUCUGGAACAGUCGCUUGAGACGCACACUGACGAAGUCUGGGUUGUCGUGGCGUCACCCGUGACAGGCAGGUUUUUUGCUUCCGGAUCAAAAGACCGAAGUGUUGCUGUCUGGAGUGUCCAGGGAAAAGACCCUCGUCGGUCGUGCCGGCUAAAGCCACAUUCCCCAGGUGAAGGUGGAGGGCGCGGCACUCGCCGUGCACAACCCACUCUGCAGCAAGAGGGAGCCGGCAUGGAAGAAGCAACUUAUCGACGGCCUUGCGCUCGCUCGAGAACUUCCCGUCGUCGCGCCUCCGACUCCCGAGUGCUGCCACCGUACUCAUCCUCUGAGACGGAAGACCAAAACAGUAGAGAAAGGAACGGCGGGAGAAGAGAUGAAACGCGGCCGGUCAUUGGGAGCAGCAUGCGAGAAGCCGCCGUGGGUUCGUGCUUUGCCCAGGAUGACGCUGAAACAGAGACUGCGUGCGUCAUGCUGUGGCAAGCCUAUGCUCACGAAGAUGCGGUGGCAUACAUUGCCUGGUCUCCGGACGAAACGCUGCUCGCCUCCGGAGGUCAAGACGGCUCUGUCUGUGUCUGGGAUCGAGAACAGGGGCGCGCGCCGCUAGCAAGAAUCAACGCCCACGCACAAGCUGUGACGGCUGUCGGAUGGCUUAGGGAUGGCAGCAGCUUCGUUAGUGGGGGAAACGAUAAGACGGUCGCGAUUUGCUCCUUGGUUCACGGAGACGGCGCCAGUGGCGAGCGAGGCUGGCGCAUCACCUGCGAUUUUACCUGGGAUCUUCGGUGCCGCGUCCAGGACCUAGUAGUUCUUCGAGAUGGUUUCACAGUCGUCUGCGUCACCCAAGACAAACACUUGAGACUUCUUGACACCAAAACUCGAGUGGAAGUCCUCAGCUUUCCCUUCACGGAAGUCAUCUACUCGGUCUGUGCCUCCGCCUUGUCCAAUCAAAUCCUCAUCAACUUCGCGGACGCACGCCCGGUUAUUCGUCUCUGGGAUAUUGACGAACAUCGCUCAGUGCAGAGAUACAGGGGACACAAGCAAGGCUGCUACGUUAUUAGGUCCACCUUUGGCGGCGUUAAUGAGGCCUUUGUUGUCAGCGGCUCUGAAGAUUCCCAGGUGUACAUUUGGCAUCGCUUUUAUGGGUCCCUUCUCUACGUUUUGAGUGGACAUGCAUCGACGGUGAACGCUGUCGCUUGGCCCCACCUCAACGGAGGCCUUUGGAUGAUUUCUGCCUCUGACGACCACGUCAUUCUCUUCUGGCACGUCAGGAGACAAAAUCGACCGCUCCGAGUGACGGGCGCCGAAAGUUUUGUCAUAACAGGAGUCAACGGCGGAAACAGAGACGAACGACCGUGUCUCCAAUCCUCUUCGACACCGGACGAUGGCCGUCCCAGUAUUGAUCGGGCCAACCGCGGAUCUCGCAACGUAGCAGGCGCAUCCGUCGCACCAGGCAUAACCGAAAGAGGCGGAGGGGUUGUCGUUGAGGGUUUGCUCUCAAGUGAUCGAAUUGAAUACCCUGUAGUUGUUUCGUUCCCGCUUUGUGUGGUGCUGCUGUGGGCUUCACUAGGUGUACUCUCCCUGUUCGGAUUCUGCUUUCUUCCAAGGGUGCGCACGCGUGCGGCCGUCGAGCAGCUUUUGUGCGCUUUUUCCCAUCCCCUCAACAGUUCAGACCCCUCCGUCGUCAACAUGAAGGUUUCUCUGAUUGCGACUGGGCUCUUGCCCCUCCUCUUCCAGCCCACAAUUUCAGAGUUCGCCCUCGCCGCGGUUGAAUCCCCGGUUCAGGAGCAAGUCGAACUUGCAGAGCCGACGACGGAGGAAGUCCAUGAGGAAGGUCUGGGAGAGGCCGUUGAGGAUGGUGAUCUGUCCGUCGAGCAGCUGGUUCCUCGUCGUAGCUCCGCAGGAUCUAAAAGCGCGAGCCUUCGUGGCAGCAAGAAGAACGGUUUGAUUGCCGGAAUUGCCGGCGCCGCUAUGUUGUCCGCUCUCGUUAUGGCCGGAAUCUUCGGUCUGUCCCGCCUCUCUAAAAGACAGGUUCCUGAGGAGGUGAGAGAUAUUGUCGACUCUGUUGUGAGCCAGGAGGGAGAGAAGUCGGCGCCAGCCCCCGCAUCCUCGGAAGCUUCUGAAGCCCAAGCCCCGGCAUCACAAACAGCCGCUCAAACUAAGCCGCUCUCCAAGAAGCAAGUCGGAAUUCUGGUCCGGUAUGGCAAGCAAAUGCUCGGCGUUAGCGGAGCUCUUACCAUUGCUGCUCUGGGUUACUACUUGGCGAAUGGAGGUGCUGCCGAGCUUGGUAACCUUCUCAACGAGUACGCCGCCUAUCUCGGAUUGAGCAACGGCACCGUCUUCGGGCCAGAACCCGCACCACCAGUCAGCCCCGCACUUAAAUAUUCCAACGAGUCGAUCGGUUUCCCCCAGGGCAACUAG